ACAGUAAAUACUGGCGCACGCGCCGUUCUGUGCUGUGCAUCAGUAAAUAUGAAGGGAACAUGAGGUGUCCUCUAAGAUCAAUCUGCUAUUAUGGACUUAUAAGUGAACACUCUAAAAAUCAGAUUUUACAUAGUGCACACCAAAGUGCACUUAAAAAGAUCUGUGGUUCGGACAUCUGCAUGUGAUCUGAUCAGGGAUGGUGGGUUAUGAUCCAAACCUUGCGACUUUCACCCCAGAGGAAGCGGCACUGGCGGGGUCAGCUGCGGGCAUGGUCACCCGUGCCCUCAUCAGCCCUCUGGAUGUUGUCAAAAUCAGAUUUCAGUUGCAGAUCGAGCAGGUGUCCCCUCGCAAUCCUCAGGGGAAGUACUGGGGUAUAUGGCAGGCCACGCGCUGUAUUUUCAGGGAAGAGGGACUUCCUGCUUUUUGGAAAGGUCACAUUCCUGCCCAACUGUUGUCUGUGUGCUACGGGGCAGUUCAGUUUGCAAGUUUCGAGGCCCUGACAGAGCAGGUCCAUAAGAGGACGCCCUAUAACAGCCAGACGGCAGGAGUUCAUUUCAUCUGUGGCGGUUUGGCUGCGUGUUCUGCCACGAUGGCCUGCCAGCCACUCGACACCCUCCGCACACGCUUUGCCGCACAGGGCGAACCCAAGAUUUAUCGUAACCUCAGACAUGCAGUGGUCACAAUGUACCGCACAGAGGGUCCACUCACAUUCUACAGGGGUCUUACACCCACUUUAGUGGCAGUCUUUCCAUACGCAGGCAUGCAGUUCUUCUUUUAUAACAUCCUAAAGAAGCUACUACAACCCCAGGACACUAAAUCUAAAGGAAGUUUACAGAGUCUCAUCAGUGGUAGUUUUGCCGGAGUUAUCAGUAAAACUAUCACAUAUCCAUUCGACCUGUUUAAAAAGAGACUUCAGGUGGCCGGAUUUGAAGAGGCCAGGAUGCAGUUUGGACAGGUGCGUGCAUACCGUGGAUUUGUAGACUGCGUGGUGACUAUAGCCAGAGAGGAGGGACCACGGGGUUUCUUUAAGGGUCUCUCACCCAGUCUGCUAAAGGCCGCUAUGUCCACAGGCUUCACUUUUUUCUGGUAUGAGUUCUUCAUCAAUGCCAUUAUCAGCCUGAAGGGGAGCCAGUGAGCCACCAGAGGAGAAUUUGAAAGUCAGAGGUCUGGUACUGUAUAUACAGUAUGUUAGGAUGAGUCAUUUAUACAAAGAUUUGGAUGUGAAGCGGGACCAGGGCUCCUCUGAGAAUUACUCAUGCUUUUGCGAUUUUUACCUCUGACUCGCUCAAAAGAUGCCUCAAAUAAAACAAGUGCAUGAAAUGUUCCCUGUUUACAUUAACAGUGAGCUUUACCUCUGGAGACUUUAAAAUCAUUGUUACACAUCUUUAGAGUUUUAAUGUUGUCUUGUAAUUUUGCCUUCUGUGUAAUGGUGUAUAUUAUUGCUUUUAUAUAUAAACACUGGACGACAGAAUGUUAUUAUUUUGUUUUACUGUUUUGUAUUUUUUUAACCUUUAAACCAUGGGUCUUCAACAGGGGGUCAGAGGACCAUUGGGCGUCUAUGGUGGUAUUAGGGGGGGUCAUUGAUAACAAAAAAAUAGUUUUUGGAAAAAUAAAAUUAGGCAUCAAACAAAAAUGCAUUAAAAGGCUAAUAAUAAAAACUUAAAAUGGAGAGAAUAUCAUUCUCACAAUAAAAUCUAUUAAGUUAAAUUAAAAUGUUAUGUAGGAUGCCAAGAAAAUAUUAUUUUAAUAUCUUUUAUAAUAUAAUCAUAACAAAGAAUGCGUUAUAAAUAAUAAUAAAUACACUCUUAAUUUGAUAAAUGUAUUGGGGGUCCCUGCUUCUCCUCUAUACUUUAAGGGGUCCUUGAAAGGUUGAGACCUCUGCUUUACACCAUAAACCAAGUAAGCAGAGAUUCAGUCGAUAUGUUGUGGUUUUAGCAUUUUUAAAUUUGGUCUGGUUUUAUGUAAAAGAAUGGAAAAUUAUAUUUUAAGUUUGAACAUGUUACCUCUUGUUGUGACUAUACUUAUGCUGCGCUUUAUUUAUUAUAUCUCUGACUGUUAAAACAAGCUCAUCUAAGGUUCAGUGGAUGUAUUUUUUUACCCUGUGUCCCUUUGUUUAAAUGUAUCGUUCAUUUAAUAAUUUUAGGGGGCAAUCUGUGUGACAUAAAAGACAACAAGCAGCUAUUUUUCUAAUAAAAUAUUUUAUUGUGA